AUGCUGGCCCCAGCACCAUUCCAGAUGCCUGUAGAGGAGGACAAGGCGAAAAGUGGGGAGACACAAAGCGGCUUCCACCCUGAAGGCAUACCAGGCACAUCGCCCGGGGGAAUCAAAAUUCCAUCAUCCGAAGACAAAAGUGAGGGAGAAGUCAAGGUAUCUUCUCCCCAAGAGAAACUGAACCACGCUCUGGCGAAAAAGGAUCAAGAUCUGGCGACCACGCAGAAAAAAGCUGAUGAGAAAACCACGCUCGCUGAACAGAAGUUGGCUUCAGUCGACAAGUUGGAGGAAGGAAACUCCAGGCUGAAAACUGCCCUUGACGAAGCCAAUAAGGAAGCGAAUCACCUGAAGAAGGAUAAGGAAAAUCUAAACGAGAAGCUGGAAGAUCCUACAGAACACAACAAGCAAGCAAUCGGCAUAUUGGUAAUGAUGAAACAUAAAAAGAGAGAGUACUACUGA